CAGCGUGGGUCGCGGCUGGCGCGGCUGGCACUGAAAGUCUGUCCGGGACCGCCUCAGUUUACCAGGAAAGUCUUCGAGAUUGUGCCAGCAGCCGCACAGGAAAGAUGGGCGAGGAGGCCAAUGACGACAAGAAACCAACAACCAAAUUUGAGCUGGAGCGAGAAACAGAACUUCGCUUUGAGGUGGAGGCAUCGCAGUCGGUUCAGCUGGAGCUGCUGGCUGGCAUGGCAGAAAUCUUUGGCACGGAACUGACCCGCAACAAGAAGUUCACUUUUGAUGCUGGUGCCAAAGUGGCUGUCUUCACGUGGCAUGGCUGUUCUGUCCAGCUCAGUGGCCGCACCGAGGUGGCUUACGUGUCCAAGGAUACCCCCAUGUUGCUUUAUCUCAACACUCACACAGCCCUGGAGCAGAUGCGAAGGCAGGCGGAGAAGGAAGAAGAGCGAGGCCCCCGGGUGAUGGUGGUGGGUCCCACGGACGUGGGCAAGUCCACAGUAUGUCGUCUGCUGCUCAAUUACGCAGUUCGCUUGGGUCGCCGACCCACUUACGUGGAGCUGGAUGUCGGCCAGGGCUCGGUGUCCAUCCCCGGGACCAUGGGCGCCCUCUACAUUGAGAGGCCUGCGGAUGUUGAAGAAGGAUUCUCUAUCCAAGCCCCUCUGGUGUAUCAUUUUGGCUCCACCACUCCUGGCACCAAUAUCAAGCUUUACAAUAAGAUCACGUCGAGGUUAGCACAUGUAUUCAAUCAGAGGUGUGAGGUGAACCGAAGGGCUUCUGUGAGCGGCUGCGUCAUCAACACCUGCGGCUGGGUCAAGGGCUCCGGCUACCAAGCCCUCGUGCACGCCGCCUCGGCUUUUGAGGUGGACGUGGUGGUGGUUCUGGACCAAGAGCGACUGUACAAUGAACUGAAACGUGACCUGCCGCACUUUGUCCGCACUGUGCUGCUCCCCAAAUCCGGGGGUGUGGUUGAGCGCUCCAAGGACUUCCGGAGAGAGUGCCGAGAUGAGCGGAUUCGGGAGUAUUUCUACGGCUUCCGGGGCUGUUUCUAUCCUCAUGCCUUCAACGUCAAAUUCUCGGACGUGAAAAUCUACAAAGUUGGGGCCCCCACCAUCCCAGAUUCCUGUCUGCCCUUGGGCAUGUCUCAGGAGGACAAUCAGCUCAAGCUGGUGCCUGUCACCCCUGGCCGAGACAUGGUGCACCACCUCCUGAGUGUCAGCACUGCUGAGGGCACCGAGGAGAACCUCUCCGAGACCAGCGUGGCCGGCUUCAUUGUGGUGACCAGCGUGGACCUGGAGCACCAGGUGUUCACAGUUCUCUCUCCGGCCCCCCGCCCGCUGCCCAAGAACUUCCUGCUCAUCAUGGAUAUCCGGUUCAUGGAUAUGAAGUAGAGGAAGGAAGCCCCCCUGCAGAAAGAUCUGGCCACCACCAAGGCAGAUGGGCUAAGGCAUGAGAAUCUCUUGAAGGCAGAGCAGUAAAGGCCAGACUAGCAAAAGCCUAGAUGCUACCUCUUAAAACGGUGGGUUGUUGAACCUAAAUGAAAAACCAAACCAUAGACAUCCAGGUGGGGUUUGAGAUCACCCAAGGCGCCACUUUAAAUUCUCUGAGGCCCUGGAGAAUCCAAUUUUUUUCACUGUGAUACAUGUGGACUACUUUUUACCGUGGAUCCCCCCCCCCCACUGUUUUAUAUUGUAUAUGUUAUUUGUUAUUCAUCUAGGGAUAGAGAUGAUAUCAGAGCUCCUUCCAAUAAA